UCAAGGAAAGAAGGAUUUUCUUCGAUAAGAUAUACCAAACCGGGUUUGAAUACAUAUUAUAACUGGCAUAUAGCUACAAUAUGAUUUGUAUUUAUAGACAAUGCAAUUUUUAUCGAGAAAUAAUUGCGGUAAAAUAUAAGAAGCUGAGAGAAUAAUACGCGAACAAUUUAUGCAACAGAGAAACAU